AUGCAAGGACAUUAAUAACUCAGCAGCAGAGAUUAUGCUGCAUAAAGAGGGAUAUAAAAGUCUAACUCUAUAGUUGCUGAUAGACUCAUAAAAAAUGUAUCACCACAUGACAUCUUAUUGGAGUAAUAAAAUUCAACUAUUAAGUAGCUUCUUCCUAGAGAAAAACUGAUUUAACUUAGUCUCCUAUACAAGAAGCAAAACUCUGGUGGUUAUACGACUGAUUCUCGGAAUAAUUACCCAAUCAAUAGGAUCGAAACCUCAAAGUAUAGCCCAAAUAACGAAUAAUUUUAAUACCAGCCUUAUGUUGCUUAGCCUCUCAAUAGCAUCUUGUAGAGAAGGAAAACCUAGGCUUAUUUUUAGGAAUAAUCAUAAACGUCCCAAACAUAGAAAUGUGAUAAUAAUACUAGAGGUAUGUCAUUUUUUAGAUCUAGAAUUUCUCAGUAAUAAAGAGAAAGGUUAAAUUAUACAUCUAAUAAUGGCAUCGGUGAGCAAAGCGUAUCUAUAAAAAAUUAAUUGACUCGAGGCAAUAGUAGAUAAAAUUCUUAGGUUUACAAAUUACUUAAGGAUUACCUUUUGAUAGAUAAUGACUCCGAUAAAAAGAUUGAAAAUGCCCUGUUAGAUGUCACUUUAAAACUAGAAUUAGCAAAUAAAAAAAGAAAAGAGAGAAUUUUUGAGAGAAACAGUAUUGUUUCUUAGAAUAGUUUUAGAAGUAUGAUAGAAAUUCAUAAAUCCAAAUCACCAAAUAAAUCUAUAAUAGACACCUAAGAAAAUGCGAGCUAAAAAUAAUUUACUAAAAUUCCCACUACAUUGAGCAAAGAAAGGGUCUAGUAGUCAUUGAAGAGUUUUCUUAAUAAACAAAAGCUUGUCCUUUAUAAGCAAAAAUAUUACAACUAAAAAUCUCCGUUUCUCAAUGUUGAAUAAGAUGAAGUAAUCUCGAAGUAAACAUAGAAAUAUCUUCAAACUUAGCAAAUCAAAUUGGAAUAGAAAAAAAUUGAUAAAAGGCAAAAUGGAAAUCUGAGUAUGGAGAGUAAAUUUCACAAUCGCAUUAUGUCUUAAUAUUCCUCAGAUAAUGAUCAGUCUAACAAUAAUACUAUUUAUUAGAGCAAAUACUAAGAACAUAUUUAAGCCAAAAGCAGAAAUAUUAAUUAAAACAGGACGUAUACAGCAGGGCCAUCAGUAGUGAAUGACGGAAAUUAAUAAUACUUCUUGAAUCUUGUUUUACCUGCAAAUGAAUAAAGCAUAGCCUUGGAUAGUUCAAAAGAAGCAUCGAGAACUCUUUAAAGGUCUAAUCUCGAAAGCGAGGAGGUGACUAAUAUGCUAAUUUAGAGAAUAAUGUCGACACAAGAGAAAAAGAGAAAAAUGAAAUAAAAAGAAGUAAUUACAAUGAAGAGGUUUUUAACAUAAGCAAGAACUGACUAAAAUAUGAGUAAAGAGAGUAAAUGGCAAUCGAUUGAGACGAUGCAAAUCAUUCCAGCUAUAUCUAAUGAUACUCUUAGUGAUAAUUUAUUUCUGAGAACUAGCAGUUAAAACAAUCAUGUUAAUAUAAAUACAUAAUCCCUGAUAGAAUAGUAAAGCAAAUCACUGAAAUAAAAAACAACUUAAGAAAUGUAUUUGACCUAGAAGUCUUUUAUGGUUUAAGCAUAUUCAUCAAUUUAUACAGGUCUUAACAAAUAUGGUAUGGCAUCAAAAGAACAAACUAGAUCAAAGUCAAUCAAUGAACAAAAUACAUAAGGGUCUCAAUGUCUAGAUAAUAAUUUGAAAAAUGAACCAUCUAUAGAGAAUCCCAUUAAAAUUAAUGAGUAGAAUAAUGUACAAGAGUAUAUUGACCUUAAAUAUGAGAUCAAUUCUUUGGACAAAACUAAAUUUGAUUUGAAUCCAAAUAUUGGUUAGAAGGCUAUAGAUACUCUUCAAUUAGAUGAUAGAUCAGUCAGUCCCUAAUCUCUAUUAAACUUUUAAGGAGGAGUAAGAAACUAAAAGUAAAAUAUUAAAGAUAGCCUCAUGAAGUAGCAGGAUAAAAAUUAGGACAUCUAAAUAUAGAACCAGUUGAAAUAAAGAAAAUUAGAUAAUAAUAAUACCAAGCCUAAAUCUGUCUAGAGUCUGAUUAACAAUCUAAAAUUUACUUAGAAGUAUUUAGGCAAUUAGAAAUUUAUUUUCUAAAGAUGA